AUGAUAAGGAAAAUCUCAGAGGUAAGCCAUUUGGAGCGCAGAUUCCUGGCUUCCCUUUUUCUAACAUUAUUCACAAGUUAUACUAUGAGAAAUAGGGCAAGAGCCCAUCAUCUACUAUCCGCAAUGUUGAUUCUGUACAUUGCCUUUGAUUACAAGCACACUGCAUAUAUACUUGGAUCGAUCUUCCUAAAUUCCCUCCUUCUCAAGUACAUCCCGAUGUCAGAGUAUUCGUUUACUCUGUUCAACAUUCUAAUCCUUUACAUUUACAAAAUCUUCGGACCUUUAUUUGAAGAAAGAAUUUCAGGAUCAUUCGACAUCUCCGGAGUUUUAAUGUUGAUGACCAUAAAAAUGUGCUAUCUUGGAAAGGAAUAUGACAGGAAGACGAACUCCAUAAAGGAUGCCCUUUCGUACAUGUUGUUUACACCAGGCCUUAUGCUAGGUCCAACCCCAACAUUUAAAGAUUUCAUCCAAAAUAAGUACGAAGAGCCAAAAAGACCUCCCUAUGGAACUUUUCUAAAAUCUUUUGCAUUUCUGAUUCUCUUCCAAGCCUUAAGAAUAAGUGUUCCAAGGAGCCAUCUUUUGGAAGAGAACACUUCGUUACUAUCAAGGCUUAUUUAUUUGUACCUCUUCACAGUGGGAAAUAGGAUAAAGUUCUACUUUGCUUGGCACUUCUCUCAUGGAUGCUUUGCGUUCCAGAACUUCCCAGACCUUCUAAAUGCUGACUUCAUGAAAGUAGAGUUAGCAACAAGUGUAAAGGACCUAAGUACCUACUGGAAUAUAUGUACUGGGAUUUGGCUGAAAAAUUGCUUUUUCCUCCCGAUGAAAGAAAAGUCCAUAUUUUGGGCAAGCAUAGCAACAUCUGGUGUUUCCGCACUCUGGCAUGGCAUAAAUCCAUGCUAUUUGAUAAUGUUUCUUUCCUUCUCAUCCUCCAUACCAAUUGUAAAGGAAAACAACAAGUUGCUUCAACGCUUUUGUCCAUCCCUGUUCUGGAUACUGUCUAGAAUCCAGAUGCUUCUUCUUACAACAUAUUUCACCACCUCCUUCUUUCUUCUGAGCAUCUCCGAUCUUAUACAUGUAUGGAAAGGUGUGUAUUUUGCAGGUCAUGUGUUUCUUGUCUUCAGCCUAGCAGUCCAAAUGAUUCUGAAGCUCUUUCUUAGACCAGAGAAAGAUAAAAACACUCAUUAA